CGGGCGGCCAGGGGGCAGGCGCGCCGGCUGCAUCCCCAUCCUCGGCGUCGCCGGGCACAGCAGGCGGGAGAGCAGCGCGAGCGGCCGGGGCGCGGCAGGCGGAGUGCCAGGCCGGCCAUGGCCACCACCAGCACCACGGGCUCCACCCUGCUGCAGCCCCUCAGCAACGCCGUGCAGCUGCCCAUCGACCAGGUCAACUUUGUAGUGUGCCAACUCUUUGCCUUGCUAGCAGCCAUUUGGUUUCGAACUUAUCUACAUUCAAGCAAAACUAGCUCUUUUAUAAGACAUGUCGUUGCUACCCUUUUGGGCCUUUAUCUUGCACUUUUUUGCUUUGGAUGGUAUGCCUUACAUUUUCUUGUACAAAGUGGAAUUUCCUACUGUAUCAUGAUCAUAAUAGGAGUGGAGAACACGCACAAAUACUGUGUUGUGUUUGCGUUGGGAUACCUCAUAGUAUGCCAAAUUACUAGAGUCUAUAUCUUUGAUUAUGGACAAUAUUCUGCUGAUUUUUCAGGCCCAAUGAUGAUAAUUACCCAGAAGAUUACUAGUUUGGCUUAUGAAAUUCACGAUGGGAUGUUUCGAAAGGAUGAAGAACUGACUCCAUCCCAGAGAGAUUUAGCGGUAAGGCGUAUGCCGAGCCUAUUGGAGUAUUUGAGUUACAACUGUAACUUCAUGGGUAUCCUGGCAGGCCCCCUCUGUUCUUACAAAGACUACAUUACUUUCAUUGAAGGCAGAUCGUACCAGGUGACACAGUCAGGCGAAAGUGGCAAAGAAGAACUGCACUGUGAAAGAGCGGAGCCAUCUCCAAAUAUCGCAGUUAUUCAGAAACUCUUAGUCUGUGGAGUGUCCUUGUUGUUUCACUUGACCAUCUCUAACACGUUACCUGUGGAGUAUAACAUUGAUGAGCAUUUUCAAGCUACAGCUUCCUGGCCGACAAAGCUUAUCUAUCUAUAUGUCUCUCUCUUGGCGGCCAGACCCAAAUACUAUUUUGCAUGGACGUUAGCUGAUGCUAUUAAUAAUGCUGCAGGCUUUGGUUUCAGAGGAUAUGAUGGGAACGGAGAAGCUCGUUGGGACUUAAUUUCCAAUUUGAGAAUUCAGCAAAUAGAGAUGUCAACAAGUUUCAAGAUGUUUCUUGAUAAUUGGAAUAUUCAGACAGCUCUUUGGCUCAAAAGGGUGUGUUAUGAACGAUCCUCCUUGAGUCCAACCAUCCAGACGUUCAUUCUCUCUGCCAUUUGGCAUGGGGUCUACCCAGGAUAUUAUCUGACAUUUCUAACAGGAGUGGUGAUGACAUUAGCAGCUCGAGCUAUAAGAAAUAACAUCAGACAUUAUUUCCUUGAACCUCCCCAGCUUAAAUUGUUGUAUGAUGUUAUCACGUGGAUAGUAACCCAGAUCACGAUAAGUUACACAGUUGUGCCGUUUGUACUUCUUUCUAUAAAACCAUCAUUGACGUUUUAUAGCUGCUGGUAUUACUGCUUUCACAUUGUUGGUGUCUUAGUAUUAUUGUUGUUACCAGUGAAAAAAACUCAAAGAGGAAAGAAUACACAUGAAAAUAUCCAGCUGUCACGAUCCAAAAAGUUUGAUGAAAGAGAAAAUUCUCUGGGACAGAAUAGCUUUUCCACAACAAACAAUGUUUGCAGUCAGAAUCAAGAAGUAGCCUGUAGACAUUCAUCACUAAAGCAAUGAUGGGGAAAACACUCGAUGACUAUUUUUUGUAUGUUAACAGAAUCCAAUCUUCUCAAUCGUACCUUCUCAAGGGGUUUGGGUUUGUUUGAAAAGAGAUUAAGUGGGGGAAAAACCAGACAGUUAUUGAUAGGGAAUUUCCUGUAUACUGAUUGGAAAUGGGGCGAAAUAACCCUCCCAUGCCAUGUCCCUGUGGGCCACGCCUUAUAUAAACUAUUUCCAUUAUUUCAGUGGGCACUCAGGACCUCAGCAUAAUGUCCGUAGGGUCGUAGGUGUGCCCUGUUGCUGAAUGUACUUUGUGUAUCCCAAGGCACUGAAGAAGUGGAAAAAUAAUUGUGUCAAUCUGGAUGAUUGAGAGAAAUUAACUUUUUCCAAAUGACUGUCUUGCCUUAAACCCUCUAUUCCCUAAAAUAUUGUUACUAAAUGGUAUUUUCAAGUGUAAUAUUGUGAGAACACUAUUUCAGUAUUUGAUGUUGUGUGCUGUAAAGGGAUUCUGGAGGAAUUUGAAACAGGAUAUUUAAGAAUGUGGACACUUUAAAAAUGCAAUAAACAUCUCAGUAUUUGA